AUGACUUCCGCUUCGACUUCUAGCUUCCCCGAGAUCUGUGCUGAAUGGAUAAGUUGUCUUCAAAGGAAUGUCAUCGUCACUCUCUCUCCCGUGUCUUCAACCAAACAACAAUAUCCUCUGACAAUCUUACUUAAAGAGCCAGGUCGAGGAUGUAUGCUUCAUGUUCCUCGCACAACCAAUAGAUCCAGUGGCGGUGUGGAAAGUCGAUGGCAAAUGAUUAAUCCAGAUAAUGAGUCUAUUCGACCGUAUUUACCUACUCAACAAGAGAUCGAGAGGGUAUCUCAAAUGAUGGAGAGAGAAAGGAAUGAUCCCUUACCGAGGGAUACUCCUUAUCCCCGAUUUCAUCAAAUGACUCUUGAUUCGGCCACAGAUAAAAGCAUAGAUACACUUGCGGUUGUAAGACCGGGAUUUACCAUCCUUAUUCCCUCAAACAACUCGGCAGAAAACGGUGGGAUUGGGAAGAAAUCACAUUACUUACUGCUUGACGAAGAUAUCGAUUUUACAAACGCAGAUGAAAUUUCUGCAAAGAGAUUUGAAGGACAGGUUACCUCGAUUGUGGAAAGUAUCGCUACACCCAUCGAGCCCAUCAAUGUAAGGGAUGAUCCAGAGCCAAAGUCUCAGGAGAGUACUGGUUUGGAAGAGGAUGAAGAAAUCCCUUUAAGUCAAGCUCUAGAGGAAUCAAGAAUAUCUCAUACUGAUGAGAAUCAAAUUAUCGGUGAUGACGGAAGUCAAAGCGAUAAUUCUUCUCGGAUCACAACCCAAAGAAGUAAGCUUAGACACUUGGGAAGGUUCAUGAACUAUCUGCGUAGCAAGACUAGAUAG